CGGACAGGGCCGGGCAUCGUUGCGGUUCCCGCCCUCCGGCAAGCGUCUGGAGCCUCGCCAGUCCAGGGCCUAUGGAAGGGACCCAGGCCGCCCAUCCCGGAGCAGGACAAGUUCUGGCCCAGGGAAAGACUUCGGACCACACCCUGAGUACAACAUUAAAGACCAACAUUAAGAUGGGAUAUCAGGGACUCGGACUAAUCAUCAUCCAGAAUGGACCUUAUCUCCAGAUAACAAAUCUCUUGGAGAGAGGAGCUGCAGCCAAGAAUGGGAGACUAAAGCCAGGUGAUGUUCUGAUAAAAAUUGGACAUACAAAUGUUUUAGGAUACACACUCAGGGAACUUCUACAGUUCUUAUACAGCAUUCCCAUAGGAACAGUCCUGCAAAUAAGGGUUUACAGAGACUUCAUGGAUAUACCUCAGGAAUGGCAAAAUGUGGAUGAUUUAAUCCCUGAAAGCAAAUCCCGAUUUCAGGUGGCACAUACAUCAAGGAACAAGAAGGAAAAAGAAGAAACUUGCACAAGUAGUGAUGAUGAUGAUGUCAUUUUAGAUGAGAGAUUUAAGUAUUUUAAAUCUCCACCAUCCACAACUGACUGUGCAAUGACAUUAUCGUCCAUCUCCACAGCGUGGCAUGCAUAUAGAAAAAGGAACCGUAGGUUCACUGUAGGCGAAGAUAUCGGCUGCGAUGUUAUGAUUCACAAGGAUUUUGGGGAGCUGGAUACUGACGGGGUAAAAAAAGAUAGAGCCCCUUCACCAUACUGGACAAUGGUCAAAGAUGAUGACAAGUCAUCUUCCUCCUCCACUACCUCAGAUGCAUUUUGGCUGGAAGACUGUGCCACUAUUGAAUAGCCAACCGAUGUCACAUCUUGAAAACUGGACUGCUGACAGAGUUGCAGAUGAGCUUUUAUCUUUAGAACCAAUGAGAUCCUACAGCUCACAGCAGAAUAUCGCUAUCUCCUGAUUUAUUUCUUAUAAAGCCCUUGUAGAGUGCACUGCUAUGCUGCCCUGAAAGAUGUAACCUAUACCAACCAAUGAGCUAAGGUUCUCCAUGGACCCUAGCCUGCCUGCCACCCUCAUUUGAACAAAAGUAAGAACACCCCAAUAAACACCUUUCAGUGAAAAAUAACCCCCUUACUUGAAGGUACAC